UGUCGUCGUCGCAACCUGGCUGAGAUGCAUCUGCGCCUGCUGUGCCACUGCGUGCAGCCCGCGUGGCCCUGCUCAGCUGCAUCCGCUGGCGAACCCUGGCAACAUACGCAACAACAACUUUUACUUCAGCAACCACCAAAGCAUCAGCAGCCAGCCAGCAUUACAGCAGUCUCCGUGAUCCAGUACCCCCGCCAGAAGGACGGAAGCAUCGAGUCGCUGAGGAGCCUAAGGAGUCAUCACAGAUGCAAAUUGCCGGCCGUCAGCUGUCAUUGCAUUUUUAUUGAGCUGCUGGCAUUAUGGUGGUGGCGUUCGUCUCGUGGCAGAGAAGUCGUCAGUGAGGAUUGUAGCUCGGUCUAUCACCGAGGAAAGCCAGGUGCGCCGCGUCUUGUGGCCAUAGCGUCAGGAUUGGCAGCUUGGGGCCGCCGGUUCGAGAUUUGUUGCAGAGGGCCGCCGCAACGUGAUAGGCAUGGAAAUGAAUGUAAGAAUAGUAUUUGGUACUUUGAGUGGAAUUUAAUUUAAGGUACGUUUUGUGAGGGCUAACUUGGAGGCCCUUUUUAUUGUGUUAUUGCAGCUGGAAUGCCGCGAUUUUGGAGUCAUCAAGUUGGCAAUUAGAUAAGU